AUUACACAUAAAAAGAUUUCAUUAUCAGCCCUCUCAACAUCACAAUAGGGGCACACAGGCAAGAGGAGGAGGGGCCAAAGUACAGAACUUUUCCUUCAGGGUAUGCUCCAAAUUCCCAACUUGGCCUCUCUUUUUCAUUCUUUUGGGUUUUUUGUGUUCACUCUCCUCUGCUUAAUACUCAAUUUCUACUUUCAGGAAACAAAAAAAAUCUUCUAAUCAUCAAAGAGCAAAGAGAGGAGUAUAAAGAAACGAAGAAAAUGUAUGCUGAAACUGGGAUACCUUUCCGAUUCAUGCAGAGUUCUUCUCCUGAGAUUCACCAGUUUGAUGACCUCUUCAAACCCUACAAGCUCUCUGAUGAAAUGAACAAUCUUGUUGAGGCAUGUGAGUAUGAUUUUGGAGAAGAGAGUGACCUAUUCAAAGCCCCUGAGCCGAUCAUUGAAGAACCAAUGCUAGUUGUUGAUCCUCUCUCUCAAGAGCUUGUUGAACUCAGUGAUCUCGGGUCGUUGCAGAGUGACCAGCAGCUUAUAGACAAGGCUUUCUACGACUGUGAGCAGGAACUUCUGGUGAAAUCAGCUAUGGAGUCUCCACUGUCCGAGGUGUUAGACAUCAAGAACAUCUCUUUAGUGGCUAAAAUGGACAAUGUUGCGGAGAGUAGUAGUGUAGUCGUCUCUGAUGUCCUAAUUCCGAAGAGCGUGAGCUCCGGGAACCUGAACUCAAUAGAUGUGGCACAUCACGAGGAUGCAGUGAUUCAGAGCUUCCCUCAUUUCCCUCCAGGUGAUUAUGGAAUGAGAAGAGCCUAUAGCGAUAGCGAUAUUCAGACACUGGGUACUAAAACUGUGCGUCCUGUUCAGUCUCAGUUGGAUCGAAUAAUCAUAAGUUGCACCUCUGAGGACCGCCGUGAGAAGCUUUCUCGAUACAGGAACAAGAAAAGCAGGCGAAAUUUCGGGCGUAAAAUCAAGUAUGCUUGCAGGAAGGCUCUUGCAGACAGUCAACCAAGAAUCCGAGGAAGGUUUGCAAAAACAGAGGAGAUGCAGAAAUGAGGAUUAGUUAGGUCCUAAAGAUGAGUGAGAAGAAUAGUUUGAUGCAGUGUUAAAAAAAAUAUGAGCCCCACCCACCUCUCGUGUUUUGUAUAUACAAUAUGGGUUUGCCUGAAUAAGCCUAAGGAGUAAGGAUUAGGAAAACAAGUUGUAGUAAGUUACUCAUGUGAUAUCCUUUAAAUAUAUUAGAUCUUGUGAAUUUCGCC